GGAAUUAAGUGCAUGGACUAGUAUGGUUGCAUCCCACAUCAACUUCUAUCCCUAGAGAUGGCCAAUAGGCUUCAUAUAGAUAGUAAUGCUACUAAACUAGCCUCUACUGACUUUGGUAAGCUUGUUCAAGCUAACCCAAUUGCAGUUCUCUACCCAUCAUCCAUUAACGACAUUGUCUCACUCGUAAAAUCUUCUUACAACUCUCCGAACCCUUUCACCGUGGCGGCCAGAGGCCGAGGCCACUCGCUGAGAGGCCAAGCCAUGGCGAAAAAUGGGGUUGUGGUGGAAAUGAGUUCUUUGAAACUUUCUAGUAAUGAAAGUGGUAUUAGGGUUUCUCAGAACCCUUCAUUAGGGUUUUAUGCAGAUGUUGGUGGUGAACAGCUCUGGAUUGAUGUUUUGAGAGCCACACUUGAACAUGGGCUUGCACCUGUUUCUUGGACAGAUUACUUGUACCUCACUGUUGGUGGGACUCUCUCUAAUGCUGGAGUUAGUGGCCAAUCUUUCCUUUAUGGCCCCCAAAUCAGCAAUGUUUAUGAAAUGGAUGUUAUUACUGGGAAAGGAGACCUUGUGAGGUGUUCCAAACACAUGAACUCAGAUUUGUUUUAUGCAGUUCUAGGAGGUCUAGGCCAAUUUGGGAUCAUUACCAGAGCAAGAAUUGCACUAGAGGUGGCUCCAAACAGGGUGAAAUGGGUUCGAAUGUUGUACCAUGAUUUCACUGCCUUCACAAGAGACCAAGAACACCUCAUCUCCAUCAAUGGACUUGAUUAUGUGGAAGGUUCUCUAAUCAUGCAUCAGAGCCCUCCAAACAAUUGGAGGGCUUCCUUUUUCUCACCAUCCGAUCAACUCAAAAUUAAUUCUCUGUUAACCAAACAUGGUAUCAUCUACUGCUUAGAAGUGGUCAAGUAUUAUGAUGAUCUUACCAUUGACACUGUUGAUGAGGAAAUCCGACAGCUGGUGAAAGGGUUGAGGUUUAUUCCAGGUAUGAUGUUCAAGAAAGAUGACUCUUUGGUAGGGUUUCUUAACAGAGUAAGAAGUGGAGAGCUAAAGCUUCGAGAAAAAGGAAUGUGGGAAGUAGCACAUCCAUGGCUAAACCUAUUUGUAGGAAAGUCUGGUAUUAUGGAAUUCAAUGCAGCUGUUUUUGCUGAUAUUCUCCACAAACAAAAUCACACCAUUGGACCCAUUCUUCUUUACCCACUCACCCGACACAAGUGGGAUGAUAGGAUGUCUGCAGUCAUACCAGAAGAAGAUACAUUUUACUCUAUUGGGUUGUUGCUUUCAAGUGUUGACAAUGGCAACUGGGAAGUAUUGGAAGAUCAAAAUAAACAAAUACUAGAUUUUUGUGACAAAGCUGGAAUCAAGGCUAAGCAGUAUCUUCCCCAUUACAGAACCAAGGAAGAUUGGAUGAAUCAUUUUGGCUCCAAAUGGGAUACUUUUCAACAGAGGAAAGCUCAGUUUGAUCCCAAGUUUAUAUUGUCACCUGGCCAAAGAAUUUUCAAUUCUGUUUGAGGAUAGGAACAUAUGUGUUUUUCUAGGAUUUUCAAGUCACACUUGCAGGAUUUAAAAUUGUGACUAUGUUUUAGAUUUUAGUAUUUAGUUUAACGUGUACUAUAUUUCAAAAUGUUACGGAAUUGGAAUAAGUAAUGUGAAUGUGAGGGUGAUUAUUUGGUAGUACGUGCGGUCAUGUGGUGUUUCAUGAUAUAGUAUGAUUGAUGGAGAAUAUGAGAUAUUUGAUUUUGUGUU